UCGAGUAUCUAUCGAGCCGUUCCCUCGAUCGGUUGUGUUUUUCGUGUGUGUGCGUUGGUAAUAGGUGGUCGCUUGGGAGCAAAACAUUUAGGUCCAAAAAAUAAACCUUUUUUGUUUUUUAAUUUGAAUGAUUUAAUACAUCAAUACAAAGAUUAUACAUAUUUUAUAUAUAAUCAAGGUGGUUUAACCCGUUUUCGGAUUUUAUUACGUAAAUCAUUGUUUCGCAAAAUAAACGAUCAUAGCGCCAACACCCUAUCGGGCUUUGUUUAAACUUUUCGUUUGAUAAUCAUAGUUAACAAAAUAUAAAAUUAUUAAAGUUACAAAGGUUAGUUAACAGUUAUUGAUACAAACCCACAUAUCUAUCUACAAUAUUGACGCGUUGAAGCGAACAACAAAUAAAAAUUAUCAUUGGUAUUGCUCAGCAUACGUGAUCGAGUGUAGAUUUAUUUAAUGUGAUCGCGCACUUGCAAGGCAAAAUAUAGGUGUUCUGUUCAACUUGUUAUGUUCUUGAACUCCUAGAUACUUUUAUCACUUUAAAUGCAGAUGAACAAACUCAAAAACGGCUACAAUUAUUGCAUAUAAAUUAAAAGUUGGACUAAUCUUAAUCUAAACCUUUCUAGUCGUACAUAUAUCUAAAAAAGUUUGCUUCGUAUUUGGUUCAACUUACUUAAAAUUCAACUGUCGCAAUCACAUUUCUUACAAAAUCUUAAGACAAAAAUGUAUCAAAUAGCUUUCUAGUGAAGAAACGAAUUCAAAGAAAUAAAUUUUUAAAAUAUCUAAUUAUUGUCGUUAUAAGUUUACUCAAAAGGGGAGGAAGUGGUUAUCGGCAUUAAAAGUGCUGCACCCUAACUUACAAAAAAUAUUGUUCUUUAUUUUUGCUCUUCGAGUGAUAAGUUGUUCUUAUUUUCAAAAAUAAUAAUUUGCUGUUGAUAGUGGAUAUUUUAUGUUGCUGAUUCAUUGAAAAGAAAGGCGCAAUCAGAUACAAAAAUCACCAAACUUUAAAGGAUUUAUCAAGCAAAGAGAUAAAAAAACUCCUUUCAUCAAGACAUUGAAGCAAAAUGGCGUCUCUCAGACCAUUGAAAAUAACAAUUGUCGGUGAUGGUAUGGUUGGAAAAACUUGUCUCCUCAUUACCUACACUCAAAAUGAAUUUCCCGACGAGUACAUUCCAACAGUCUUUGAUAAUCAUGCGUGUAACAUAGUUGUUGAUGGCAAAGACUACAAUCUAACACUUUGGGACACAGCCGGACAAGAAGACUAUGAAAGACUGAGACCACUUAGCUACCCAAAUACUGACUGUUUUCUUUUGUGCUAUUCGAUAAGUAGUCGUACAUCAUUUGAAAAUAUCAAAAGCAAAUGGUGGCCGGAAAUUCGUCACUUUUCCAAUAAUGUACCCGUGGUUCUAAUUGGCACAAAACUAGACUUGAGAAUUCCCAAUUCCGAGAAGUUCGUAACCCAAGCUGAGGGCAGAAAAUUGCGCAAGGAAAUUCACGCUCAUACACUUGUUGAGUGUUCAGCAAAAAAGAAGAUUAACCUUGGUGAAGUCUUUGAAGAUGCCGUCCGAGCUGUUGAAAAGAAGCCAAGGCAUCGACCAAGGCAGUGUGCUAUUCUAUAAACAAAAUAUUUGUAUUAUUUAUAGAUAAGAUAUAUGCUUUGUAUAAUGUACUAUGUUUUCCUAGUUAAGAUCUUUACUUUUUUUGUAUGGAAUUAAGUCCUUAUAUUGUUAUUUAUUAUUAUUACUAUUUCCGUUCUUUUAAUAUUUGUUGUUAUUUUUAGUUAAAUUUGGUUUUUUUAAAUAAAUAGUUUGGCUGCCAUUUACAUGUCCAUAUAUUAUAUUGUAUCUUAAGCCAAGGUUCUAUGCGGAUAGUUAAAAAAAAACAAAAAAUAUUAUUAACAAACUUGUUAAUUUUAUUAUAAAUAAUAAUAAAAUAUUUUAUGAUUCAUAUUUAUAAAAAAUCAUAACUUGUAAUAAAUAUCUAACAUAAACAUACCAAAGUAAAUCGGAGAUAAUAGGUAGAUAACAUUAUUAGAAUAAAAAAUAAAGAAUUUAUUUAAUUUAUUUAAUAAUUUUUAUUCGAGAAAAGUGUUCAACAAAAAGAAAACACUUCAUAAAAAUGUAUCUACUAUUGUUCAUAAAAAAGAAUUGAAAUUAAAAAGAUAAACUAUUUUGUAUA